GGACCGGAUCGGAAGCGAUGUUUACCAGAUGGUUUAUGAACCAGCACUCACAAAAACUAUAAAGGUUCUUUAUUUGCGAUUUGUCUCAUGGGAAAACGGGUAUUCAAAUGAAGCAUUUGAAUGAAAAUGAGCCGUAAAAGAAAAAGACGCCGUGAGAAUUCGGAGGACAGCAGUGAUGAAGAGGAUGACACUUGCAGCCGUGAAGGUCUCAAUGGCAGUGGAACGUGCAGUAGACACAGUCUGACUCAGGAAGAGGAUACAGAGGAAAAAGAAUUACCAGGAAUUAUUGAGAAUAUAACCUUGGUAAAUUUCCUCUGCCACCGUAACCUUUCUGUUCCUUUUGGACCACGUGUGAACUUCAUAGUUGGUAGAAAUGGAAGUGGAAAGAGUGCAAUUAUGACAGGCAUUGUGUUGGCACUGGGAGGAAGAGCUGCACAAACUAGUAGAGGUCUUAGUGUCAAGAACUUUGUAAAGAGAGGAUGCAGUUCUGGGCAUGUUUCAAUCAAACUCAGUAACAGAGGCUCUGAUGCAUUUAAACAUAGUGAAUAUGGAGACUCUGUCACCAUAGAAAGAAAUAUAACCUCAAGUGGUGGAUCGUCAUACAAGAUUAAGUGCAAUAAAGGGAAAGUAAUUUCCACUCAGAGAAGUGAAGUGGAUCAAAUUGUGGACCAUUUCAAUAUUCAGGUCGACAAUCCAGUUUCUCUUUUAAACCAAGACACAAGUCGGCAUUUGCUAAACAGCAAUGAUGACCAUGAUCUUUAUAAGUUGAUUGCAGUUGCUAAAGGAACAACUAAUUGCAAGUUAUUACAAAAUACGAGUAAAAAGAAUAGAAACACAUAA